AAGAGAUUGAUUGUAUUGUGCGAUGGCACAUGGCAAGAUUCAACAGAGCCGUCAGCGGGAGAAUACCCAUCAAAUGUCACUCGAUUCGCUCGCGCUCUGAGCAAAUACGGGUUCGACGAGAGUGGGGAAGAGCUCGAGCAGAUCGUUUACUAUCAGAAAGGCGUGGGGACGGGGUUGAUGGACUCGUUAUUCGGAGGGGUCCUUGGCCUCGGCGUCUCUGCUAACGUCCGUGCCGGCUACUCCUUCCUCGCGCACAACUACGACGAAGGCGACUCCAUCUACUUCUUCGGCUUUAGCCGCGGCGCAUACACGGCGCGCGCCAUCGCCAGCCUGGUCGCCGAGACGGGCCUCCUCACCAAGCGGGGGAUGGACAGCUUCCCCAAGUUGUACAACACGUACUACUCCUUCCGCAACGCGCGGCGCAGCGAGUCGUCUGAGGCCAAGCAGCAGGCGCGCGAGCUGAUGCGCAGCCUCGGGAAGGACCAGAUCUCCUUGUCAGCGGCGCAGGCGGUGCGGAUCGUGGGGGUGUGGGACACGGUCGGGUUCCACAAGCCGUGGGUGGCGAACUGGCUCGUAAUGUUCAAGGCGCUGGGGUUCCGCUUCGACCAGGAGCGCAUUGAGUUCUGCGACACGGAGAUCCCGACGCCCAUCCAGUACGGGUUCCAUGCGCUGGCGCUGGACGAGCGGCGGAAGGCGUUCGAGCCGACGAUGUGGACGUUGCCGAAGAUCGAGGAGGGAGGGAGGACGCCGGUAUUGAAGCAGGUGUGGUUCUCGGGCGUGCAUACAGACGUGGGAGGCGGGCGGGACGAUCAUCGGUUGAGCGAUAUUGCGUUCGCGUGGAUGAUCUCGGAGUGCUCGAAGACGCGGUUGCUGGCCUUCGAUCAGAAGUACCUGUUGCGGAAGACGUUGUAUGAUCCGUAUUUUGCAUCGGAGGACGGAGGCCAGACGCCGUGGUGGACGAUCCAUGGCGCGACGGAUUCGGGGGAGAGCGGGGCGAAGUCGUUUUUCAAGAAAGCGGCGGAGGCGAUGGCUGGAACGGGGCCGCGACGUCCCCUGUCGCGGAUGGGUCCGACUAACGAGAUGAUUCACCAGAGUAUCGGUGACAGGUCGUUCGGGAAUAAU